GGUUCAUGUACCGUAAUUCCGAGUGAACUGCCAACUGCAUUGCAUGUGAUUGUUGCAUGUUUAAGUCAUACUCAACCAAACAAGCGGGUAGAUAUAUGCUGAAUUUGUUUUGGACAGGAAGAAAAUAGCAAAAAAUACUUUUAUCAGUAAUCACAUCUGAUUUCCAAGAGUCCCAGAAAGAAACUUGCAAUUUCUUUAGGAAUCCAUAUUCAGGUUGGAAUAAAAAAAUCAAGCUGCUACAGAGAAGAUUUCCAUACGCAGAACAAAUAGAAGUCAGGAUGGCACAAAAUAGUUACAAAGAUAAAGAUGUGCUUCAACAAUUCAAUGUUACACUUAUUCCUAAGAAGGAAAUUAUAAAUGAGUAUGAAAGCAUAACCCCUUCACAAGAAUCCAUAGAAGAAGGGAAUCCUGUUUUGAAUAUUGAUUGUUGGAAAGAAUCACAAGUUUUGACAUUUAAUCAGGAAUCAGGGGAUGGAAUCGCACUAGACAAGGUAAUAGAUCUCCUUCAUCCACCCAGGACUGGUAAAUCCUUUUUGUCUGAUUACUCUACUCCUUGGUCAAAUCAGGAGGAGAUUGAACAAGGAGAUAGCUCACAGGAAUUGGACCCCCUUGUUACCUCAUUCAAACUAGAAACAAUGUGUUCACCCACCCUCCAGGCUUGUCAAACAGAAGAAACAGAGAUAAAAGAAAUUAGUAUGGCUAGAGAAUCACCAAGUUAUCAGACUGCUGAAACUACAGACGCGCAUACAGAUGAGAGCAGCUCUGCAGCUAAAGUAUCGUCUAGUACCCAGGCUGAGUCCAGCCCCAAACUAACCAAAACUACAGUAGCAACAUUUGCUCAAGAUCAACUCAUUCCCGUCACAGAGAUCAAAGAACCAAGCCCCUCACUAGAUAUCAGAAUGUACAGCUGCAUUGAGUGUCGUAGAGGCAUGGGAGCCCAAAGUCACUUCAGGACCUACAGGAAGUGUUCUCUGUGUUGCUAUGCCACACGCUGCUCUACUGCCUUCACGAAACACAGGGAAUUUCACACAUCCCAGCGUCAUAACGAAAUCAGAACAAGGAGAGGGAAAGAGAUAAAAGACAUCAGAAUCAGUGCACCAAGAGAGAGGAAGAUGAAGGACUCCCUAAUGUGUGUUUGUGGUUUUAUCAGUCCCUAUGGAGAUAAAGCUGCCAGACACCUCCUGAGGUGUACAGAAAAGUCCUGUUAUUAUAUGACUGUAGCAGCUGAGACAGUGAAAGAUGUCGCUGUUUGUGGUAAACAAGAAUCAGAAGAGGACAAGCCUAGAACAUUGCCUUCUGGAGAAGUACGACAGAAUGAGGAAAAGGAAGAAGUGGAGGAGAAAGAACUUGAUUUGAAUAAUACACAUGAAACACAGACAACAGGAGAGUCUUCAAUGACUCCAACCACUAAAUGGUCGGUCAGAGAGAUCAAAAGUAUCAGCCAAAAAGAGGCAGAGCUUCUACCUUAUUUCUUACAAAAGAGGAGUGGAAAACAGAGGCAGAGUACUAAGUUGUUUGAUGAUAUAACAGAGUUAAACGCUGAAAAUAUAAAAAGCCAGCUGAUGGACACCUCAGACAUUGUCAGCACAGUAGACUUUGCUCCACCCACUAAACGGCUGAUGCAGCUGAAGUGUAGAGGGGGUGUAAAGAGGCUGUUUACACGGCCAGGCAGAAAGAACACCAUCACAGCUGCCACGAAGUUGUUUGAGAGGAAUUUGAUAACACUGAUAGAAGAGGAAGUGGUUAUUAAAGAGAACAACAAUGAGGAAUCAUAAUAAUUGAUGACAAGAGGGAGAAAGCAACACUGUCUAUGGGUUUGUCCAGGUAGGACUAAUGCUGUACAGAAGAACCAGGCUCCACGUCAGCCCGACAAAGAGAGGGUAAGAGAUGUGAAGAAAUCUUUACUAUACAAAUAAUGGAAAAACUUCUUGACAAAGUGAGAGGCAGAGAAGUAGAGAACUCUUCUCCAUGUUUACUGACAGUACUGGACUAAGCUAUAUCAGUAACAGAGAGAAGGGCAAAGUGAUAUCGUCAGACAGUACUGCUAAUGCUAUAACAUUGGCAAAAAGAGGAGCACAGAAAUAUCUUCAGAAAAUUGCAGUAAUGCUACAUCAAUGACAGAGAGAAGGGCAGAGUAAUAUCUCCAGACAGUUACAAUAUUGCUACAUCGUUGACAGAGAGAGGGGCAGAGAAAUAUCUCCAGAAAAUUGCAGUAAUGCAACAUCAGUGACAGAAAGAAGGGCUGAGUUAUAUCUUUAGUCAGUACAGGUAAUGUUACACCACUUGCUGAGAAAGGGACAGAGAAAUAUCUCCAGACAGUACUGGCAGUGCUCAUCACUGACAGAGAGAGGGACAGAGAAAUAUCUCCAGACAGUACUGGCAGUGCUCAUCACUGACAGAGAGAGGGACAGAGAAAUAUCUCUAGACAGUACUGGCAGUGCUCAUCACUGACAGAGAGAGGGGCAGAGUUAUGUAUCUCCAGACAGUAAUGCUUCAUCACUGACAGAGCGAGAAAGAGAGGCACAGAAAUAUUUGAAGACAGAACAAGUGAAAGUGCAUUGACAAACAGAGAAACAUGAGAAAGUCUAUAUCCUAAAGAACCACAAAGUAAAGUUUGAAUAAGACAAGAGUAAACUACAAUCUAGCUGGAUUUGACUUGAAGAUACAAUACAUUCUGAAUUUUACUUGGAGAUGCAAUACUUUCUAACUGGAUUUGAGAUACAAUGCAUUCUAAAUGGAUUUGACUUGGAAAUGUGAUACAUUUUUUGCUGGAUUUAAUUUUUGAGAGAGCGAUACAUUUCUACUGGAUUUAAUUUGGAGAUACAAUACAUUCUGACUGGAUUUAAUUUGGAGAUGCAAUACAUUCUUAAUGGAUUUAAUUUGGAGAUGUAAAACAUUCUGAAUGGAUUUGAUUUGGAGAUGCAAUACAUUCUGAAUGGAUUUAAUUUGGAGAUGCAAUACAUUCUUAAUGGAUUUAAUUUGGAGAUGCAAUACAUUCUGAAUGGAUUUGAUAUGAAAAUGCUCACUCUGUUGAGUGACAAUGAAGUGUGUAAACGCACUCCCAAUGGAAAUUCUAGAUGCAGUUCAAUCUAUGGUUGUGACAAUAUCAGGCAAAGUUUAAUUCACAGAUGAUAUAUGGCAUUUUUCCAGAAUAAGUAACAAAUAACAUUUAAAAGAAGUAACUGCCACUGUCAACAGAAAUAAAUGUUUCAACAUGCCAGUACAAAAUAUGCCAUGUUUUACAAAUAUUUCUGCUGUUUCUAUAUUUGUAUUCAUCACACAGUUUAUGGUUGAAAACUGCAUAAAUUUACAUAAAAUGUUGUAACCGCCCCCAGAAUAAUCUUUUUAUUACAACUUAGCAUUAUAACUCCUUUUCAAUAUAUGCAUUUGAAGUUUUAUUUAGAUCAUGUACUACAUUUACCCUGAAGUUAAUUGGCCAUGUCAAACAAAUUGGAAUAAUAAAUCAUAAUUCAUAAGGAAAAGGGAUCACUUCACUAUUUGACUUAAUUCAGACAUAAGCAACUUCACACCUAAAUCUAGAGUGAGCAAGUAAAAAUUUGUUCCUUUAAAAAAAGUCCAUAUUUCUAACCUCUUUGUUGUUCAGAAGGCAACUUAUAAAUACUUCAAUUGGAAU